GCAUGCGAUGCGUGUCGGGCGCGCAAGGCGAAAUGCGACGAAGGAAGGCCCAGCUGCGGCUUCUGCAAGGAAUCACAAGUAGCUUGUGUCUAUCGCGAAGUUCCACCUCCAAAACAAGAUCGCACAUUACUGCAAAUACUCGAUCGUCUCGGACGCGUUGAAACGCUCUUGGAAACCAUCAAUACUCGCGGUGGUGACUCGCAGCCUCAGAGCGCAGCCACAUCGCCAAAGGGAUCUGCCUCGAAGCCGGCGUCUCCGCCGCAGACGCGGCCCUCCAUCGUCUCUCGUCCAUCCAUCACUCCGGGGGCUACCAUGCGGGAAAUCCCCAUGGAAGAGGACGAGCAGCUCACCAUACCGUAUCAGCACACCACCGCCGCACACAAGCUUCUCUGGUGGCCCAGCAUCCGGAAAAUAGUCGACGAUGAUUUCCUCAAGCAUGAUAGCUACGUGAUCGACGAGGAACAGAACCGGGGUACCCUACGGAUCUACGGGAGGGGGGAGGAGAGUAGCGGCGGGGACCCAACUUUCGAGGAGGAUACUGAAUAUGCGGGUCCGAGCACCGAAGGCUGGAGUGGCAUGUUCUACAACGGCGCCUGGGAAUCUGGCACCGAAGGAGGAAGGAAAACCAACGGGACCUCCACCGAGGAUGAUGACCACAACAUGAUGGACCCUCAAGGAAAUCUCAUGCCUCCUCGGAUGUCGGAACAGGGCAUCGGUGGAUUGGGGUCCGACGGAAAACUGCGCCUGGAUCGCCAGACGGUGCAGGAGCUGCUCAACAGCUACCUCAAAAACAUCCACAUCCUUCACCCCAUCCUCGACAAAGCCAGCAUCACGGACACUGUAUUCCGCUUUGCCGAUCUGUUCGGCUCUUCCUCACAGCAAGAGGUUGAUUCCAACCCGUCCGGCUUAGGGAUGGGUGGCGACACCAACGGCACGGAAUCAACGAUGCCUUCGCCACGGAGUCAUCGGAACAACUCCAUCUCGGGGAAGCGAAAGCGGAGCAUGUCGAUCCCACAGCAACAAGUUACAAGUCUAUCGCCUUCGCCGUCGAGAAGCAUACCACGUACGGUGCAUUCCGCCUUGGUUCUCCUCGUGAUGGCCUUGGGAUCGGUAUGCUCACACCGCCGACCCGUGCCGGGUCCCCUUCCGAAAGCCCAGUACCCUUCCGUCUUCAGUAGCACGGCAUCUCCUUUCGGAUCUUCUGCAACCCCACCGUUCUCGGCGGCAUCGCCACCGUACCAGCAGCAGCAACAACAACAGCAGCAACAGCAGCAACAGCAGCAACAGUUCUCGGCGGGAGGAAGUAGGGACAGGCCGGACUCGAAGAAUAUUGAUGUGAUCCCAGGGCUGGCUUAUUUCUCGCAAGCUAUGGAUAUCAUGGGCGCUCUGAUCGGAAGCAACGAGCUAGAGAAUGUUCAAGCAGGGCUACUGGCUGGACUAUAUUGGGGCCAAUUGGGUAGGGUCCUGGACAGCUGGAAGUGGAUAUCUUGGGCAUGCAUGGGAUGUCAAAUCCUUAUUCGGAUGGGGGGAAACAGGAAACUCAACUCGGAAAAAGAUGCCCUCCGCAAAGACCUUAUCCUCCGUGCCUUCUGGAGUUGCCUGCAGCUCGAGAGUGAUGUCCUGGCAGAGCUCGAUCUGCCUCCCAGUGGCAUUUCCAGGCUGGAAGACUCCAUGCUUCUUCCCAGUGGAAUAACCUCGCCGCCGUCUCCAUACACCGAAAUCGCGGCCGACGAUCCACUGAUCUGGAUGUACUACCUUGCGCAGAUCGCACUGCGCAAGCUGUUGAAUCGCGUCCACACCGCACUGUACAAGCAGGACAAGACCAACCUGGAUUCACCACGCUGCCUUGCCAUCGCCCGCGAGCUCGACUACCAGCUCGAAGCGUGGAGGUCACAUCUGCCCCCGCGCCUACGCUGGGAGACCAACGAUCCUCCGCCAUCCGAUAUCAAUGCUGCGCGUCUGCGUGCAAAAUACUUUGGCGCCAGAUACAUCAUUCAUCGACCGUUUGUGUACCACGCCCUGCACCACAAUGGCGGCAUCGGUAGCAGUGCUUCAGCACGCUACAGCCAUCCGGGCUCACCCUUGAUGGAUGACCAGAACAAUGGGGAGGAUAGGGAUAGAGGCGACAUCACGCCCAACGAACUGGAGAUGAACUGCCGCAAAUGCAUCGAAGCCGCUCUGUCGAGUACCACCGCCUUUCACGGAUUCAAUCCAGAUGUUAUGAGGCCGAUUAUCACCAACGUGUUCGGAACGGCUCAUGCACAAUUUGGAAACCUACUGGUACUCCAGGCGGCGUAUCAAUCUCCCAGUCUAAGGAAUAUGAUCUCGGCUCAUACGCUGAACGAUCUCCUCACCAAAACCACCCAUUGGCUGUACACUCUGGUCCCGAUCUCUCCAGCGCUGCACCGCGACGUUAUGAUACUGCAGAACGCCGCACAGAAGUUGGACUUCUCUUUCCAGCAGCCCAAUGCUGUACCACAACAGCAGCAGCAGCAGCAGUUUCACUGA